AAAAAAAAACUACCGGUAAUUCGAGAGCCGUCUAGCCUCCCAGCUGACAGACAGUCACCUGUAUCUUCUUUCCAGUAUACAACAGCACAACACUUUUUAUUCCCUUUGAAUGUCUUUUUUGUUUGAGCUCUCUCAGAUUCACUUGGAAGUCUGGAUAUGGUUCCUGUCAUUCAAUCAGGCACCGCGUGAGCCAGAGCCAGCCGAGAGCUCGAGCGAAGAGUCGGUUAGUCCGAGCAGCAUCAGUGUCUGUCUGCGUGUGUCGGACUCUCUUUCACAAUGUCGGGCGUGACGCUACAGGGCAGCUGUCUGCGGGGUCUGGCUGAAGGUGACCUCAUGGACCCUGAGUUCCAGCAGCGUGUAGAGGAUGCCAUUGCCCUUCUCCGGCAGGAGAUCCAGAGGGAACUGAAGAUCAAAGAGGCGGCUGAGCGACUGCGACGGGCGGUGACCAACCGCAAGAAUGCUGCCGAUGUGGACGGUCAGCUUAGAGCCUCUAGCCGCAAACUCGAGCAGCUCCACUGGGAGCUGCAGGAGCUGAAUGCACGUGCUAUGGCCACACAGAAAGAGACUGUGUCAGACGAUGCCACCUCUCCAGACCCUUGCCAUUGGGAAGAGGUCACGUCACCCUUGGGCAGCCGUGUCCGUACUUUGAAAAAACAGCUUACCAUGGAGCUCAAAGUAAAACAAGGAGCUGAGAACAUCAUCCAGACCUACGCCAACAGCUCUGUCAAGGAUCGGAAGAUGUUGUCCACUGCCCAGCAGAUGCUGCAGGAUAGCAAGACGAAAAUCGAGCUGCUUCGCAUGCAGAUUGUCAAAGUCACCCAGGCCAGAGAAGGAGAGCGGGAGACCACACAGCCAGAGGGUCGCCCUUCUGAAACCAUUAGUCCGCUUGAUUUGCGGGUGGAGGAGCUCAGGCACCAUCUGAAGAUUGAGGCAGCUGUGGCAGAAGGUGCCAAAAACGUGGUCAAGCAGCUAGGAGUACGCAAAGUGCAGGACCGACGUGCUCUAGCAGAGGCUCAGGCCCGUUUGCAGGAGUCCUCUCAGAAACUGGACCUUUUGCGCUUGUCUCUAGAGCAGCGGCUUGGAGAGCUUCCACAUGAUCAUCCCAAACGAGCUGCCAUUAAAGAGGAGCUAACAGUGGGGUCCUCACCUGUCGUUGGGUUGCAUAGAGAUCGCCUUCGUUCUUCUUCUUCAGCAUCCUCUUCACUCUUCAAACCAUCCAGCCUGACAGGGCGACUGGAAGUCAGGUUGAUGGGUUGUCAGGACCUGCUGGAGUCAGUUCCAGGUCGUUGUCGGGUAAGCAACAUGUCCUCUGCCCCUGGAAGUCCCUCUGAGUCCAAAUCACUAAGGAUGAGAACUGGUCUCUCCACCCGCAGCGCCAACGGCAAGACCACCAAGACGGACGAGCUCUCAUCUGAGAUCAGUGCUGUAUUGAAGGUGGAUAACAAGAUAGUUGGUCGCACACAUUGGCGGCCGCUGAGUAAGGAGGCUUGGAAUCAGAGCUUUAGCAUUGAACUCGAGCGGUCUCGGGAGCUGGAGAUUGCAGUGUACUGGCGAGACUGGAGGUCCCUGUGUGCCGUAAAGUUCCUGCGUUUAGAAGACUUCCUAGACAACCAGCGACACAGCAUGUGUCUUUAUCUAGAGCCACAGGGCACACUGUUCACAGAGGUGAGAUUCAUUAACCCUGUCAUUGAGCGGCAUCCUAAACUACAACGACAGAAACGGAUUUUCCCAAAAGAAAAAGGGAAAAAUUUCCUGCGGGCAGCGCAAAUGAAUAUGAACUUUGCCACUUGGGGGCGUCUAAUGAUGAGCGUGCUGCCCCCCUGCAACAGCACCAUCACCGCCCUGAGCCCUCCGCUGCCCGGCUCUGAACCCAUGUCCCCCCCAUCCGUAUUCACGCCCCCUUCCUCUGGAGAGUCUGCAGUUGUUAAACUGAAUUUCAGUGAGGAGCGUCCUGCCAAGCCCCCGCGCCUCCUCUUGGCAAAGAACCCUACAACUGACGAAUCGCUUUCUGGGACUUGUACCAGAGUGAAUCCCUGUGAGGAUCGACAAGUUCUCAAAGGCAGACCUGCAUCCCAGCCUACACCUCAGAGGAAAGAGGGGAUGCAGAUGGAGGACUUCAGCUGCAUUUCUGUUUUAGGAAGAGGGCACUUUGGAAAGGUCCUGCUGGCUGAGUUCAAGAGAACUGGGAAACUAUAUGCCAUCAAAGCUCUGAAGAAAGGGGACGUUGUGACCCGGGAUGAAGUGGACAGUUUAAUGUGUGAAAAGAGGAUUUUUGAGACCAUCAAUGUGUCCCGUCAUCCUUUCUUGGUGAACCUAUAUGGGUGUUUCCAGACACCUGACCAUGUGUGCUUUGUGAUGGAAUAUUCACCUGGAGGAGACCUGAUGACACACAUCCACAAUAACAUCUUCUCUGAAAGGCAGGCUAGGUUUUAUUCUGCAUGUGUAUUACUGGGCCUGGAGUUUCUGCACCAAAACCGGAUUGUCUAUAGGGACCUAAAGCUGGACAAUCUGUUAAUGGAUUCUGAUGGCUUUGUGAGAAUUGCAGAUUUUGGACUUUGCAAAGAAGGUAUGGGACAUGGCGAUCGCACGUCAACCUUUUGUGGAACCCCAGAGUUCCUGGCCCCGGAGGUUUUGACAGACAGCACUUACACCCGCGCAGUGGACUGGUGGGGGUUGGGUGUGCUCAUCUAUGAGAUGCUAGUGGGAGAGUCUCCAUUUCCCGGUGAUGAUGAGGAGGAAGUGUUUGACAGCAUAGUGAACGAUGAAGUGCGCUAUCCCAGGUUUUUGUCCCCUGAGUCGGUCUCUUUGGUCCAAAAGUUGUUGCAGAAGAACCCAGAAAAACGACUAGGAGCAGGAGACCAAGAUGCCAAUGAAGUGAAGAAACACAGGUUUUUUCAGGGCAUGGACUGGGAAGCCCUGUUGGCCAAAAGAGCCAAACCUCCGUUCCUGCCGUCAAUAAAAGCACCAGCAGACGUCAGUAACUUUGACGAGGAGUUCACGCGCCUGAAGCCAGUCCUGACACCUCCGCAGACUCCAUUCUUCCUCACCGCCGAGCAGCAGGAGUUCUUUGCAGACUUUGACUUCUCUGCUUUGCACUGACUUCCACUCGAUUACACUCCGAAGGGGUUGUGACAUAUCAAAUCUCUGCUUUCUUUUCUCUCUGUCUUGUUUAUCCAAUUAUUCUCUCCCUUGAGUUAUGCAGUCGAAUCAAGUGAAGCUGGCCCCGUGUCACCCUUUAAAAGCUGCUGUACGAUUUUUCCAUGAAGCUGGCUGCAGAUUUGUGCUUAACCUCCAAAGACUGUCCAGACUGGACUUCAAAACCAAGAGGAAACCAUGUGAUCGCCCCCGACCAAAACUUUGCAGCUACCACUGUGAGUAAGCUCAGACCUGCUCCGACCAUCCCUGAUAUUUAUGCAUGCAGUUAUAAACGUAUAUUAAUGUUAUUUUUGGGAUGUUACACUGUUUGUCGUGUGCAGAUGCUUAUUUUUAGUCAGCUGUUAAAAUAAAGAGAAGUCUUCCUGUUACAAUGAACUAUGAUGCCAAAAUAUACUUGCACUCUUUCUGAACAGAUAAUGAUUUUUCCGAACGCUGUGCCGUUUUGAAAGAUUUCUGAUGUAGCGCUGAUCCGAGCGAUACAUCUUAAGCUCCUUAAGUUCCAGGCUGUAACUAUGGGACUGUGUGCUCGGUGUUAGAUCAUGCAAAUUCUUCCACGCUCAGUCUAUGUGAUGUAUGUUCAUGUUAAACCCUCACGUUUUGAUCUCUGGUUGUCCCUAAUCUGGAUUUGAUUUAGGAUUAAAUGUUGCUUGUUGAUUUUGGACCAGUUCUCAACUUUCCAAACCCAGUACUUCCAGACGUCUCGUGACUUUUUGGCUUUAAACGGCGACUUGCUCUAUCCUGCCUUUCUAUUUAUAGUCUUCCUCUGGACAAAUGUAGGACUGUUGCAUUAGACUAGGCAUAUUCUACUCGAUGUCUUGGCAUGAUACGGUUAGCACUUUCACUCACUACUAAGCUGAUAUUUAAACAGUCCUACUGUUUUGCUCUCUGUAUCACGUAUUAUAGAAGCUGAUUACGUUGUUCCUUAUUUAACAUGUUUGUCUAAAUUUUACUUUUCUACAUCAGGCCACCAUUGCAUCUUUGUCAAUGUGGUUUGCUACUGAUAGGUUACACUGUGAACAAAAUGACACUAAAAUAUUUAAAUGAAAUUUGUCAUUUCUAUGAGCCACAUGAAGGAUAAUAAAAUAUGUAAGUAAAUGUAAUUGAAUGGGAAUGAAUGUAUUUUCAGAAAUAAAAUACAAUGUGAUCAUGUU